GUUCGUUCAGCUCUCCGAUUGUUUUCAUCAAAUAACAUCACCUCCGCAUCACCACCAAACCCAAUCAAUUCCCGCGCGGCCCUAACAAAUACGCACGACUUUGUCGACCACUUUGCCCAUUCCAUCUCGUCCUUUUCUUGCUUUCCGUCGUCUCGCGCGCCGCAUCGCAUCGCCUUUUUUAUUCUGCCGUCGCGUCAGAUCCUCUCGUCGCGCCGGGUUGUCCGUCACAAUGGACCCCCCGCCCGUCCCCACGCCAUCGGGCUCGUCGAAAGCCAGCGGAAAGACAAUCAAGAUGAAGGAAGAGGCUAUGGGGAGAUUCGAGGCAUUUGUCGGCAUGCGAGUCGACCAGUUUCUGCCCAAUUACCUCGGAUCCAACAUGGGCGCCAACAAACUUACCACUCUUGCGAAAUUGAGUAGCCUGGCGGUCCAGAAGGGACUGAACUCGGAACACUUGAAGCAGCAGAUUAUGAAGGUCAUCUACAAUCGCCGCGACGACAAUAAGCAGCUUAUCGAGGGCCCCGAACUCGAGACAAUUAAGAAGAAUAUGUCUGUUCUACCUGAUCAUGUCGACUGGGCUUCCUCGGCUCAACGCGGAGCUCUCGGCCGAGCUUUCUCGGCUCGCCCAGCUGGCCGAACUAGCUUUCGCGCACGAUCAACUCCGGAGACCCCAACUCCCAACAAUACGACGGAUGUCAUCAGCAACCCUCGCCAGACCACCACGCCGUCAAUCCUGAAUCCGACCACUCCAGCCCCGCCAGCCACUCCGGCUGGCGCUAUACCCACAGCUACACCGCAGAGCAAACGUGUCGCUCUCACGCAGGACAAGGACACCACCGGCCAGAGAGAGCGGAAGCGGCAACGAGUUAGCACCACCCCGGCCAAGGAGCUUGCUGUGAUGCACGAGGCACUCCCCCAUCAACCCAACCCAAACGGCCACCACGAAUCCACGACCGAGAUGCUGCACCAGAUGCUCGACAUGUGCAAAGAAAACAUCAAGACCCUCACCGCUGUCCAAGCCGCCCAGCAGUCCAAAGCCAACGAACUUGAACAAGCCCUCUCUCAAGCCCAAGACACACUCUCCCAAGUCUCGCAAGAAUACACCACAACCAUCACCCCAGAGCGCAAGCUUCGCCUCGAGGCCGACCUAAACCAAGCAAUCUCCGACCUCCGCAGCGCCGAGACCUCCCGCGACGGCCUCAAGCACUGGCUGGAUGAAGCCAAGGCCUCGCAUUCCGUCGACAGCAUCGCCGCCAACCCGCUGCUGGAACAACAGGAGAAGAUGGUGCACGAUCGCAAGGAGCAGGUGGCGCGCGCCAAGGCGAAGGUCACGGAUUGCUCCCAGGUCAGCGCCGAAGCGGAGGCCAAGGUCAAGGCCGCUCAGACCGCUGUGGUGGAGGCUCAGGAGGCUGUUGAGGCGGCUAAGGAGGACGUGCGGAUUACGAUGGGUAGGCUGAAGGAUUUGGCAGGGUAUAUAGCCAUUGUGCGCAUUGGGCCGUCUGGGAUGUUUCCGUUUACUUGUAUCUUGGCCUCUGUUAUCUCGACUUCCUUUCCUGAUGACAAGGCCCCGGGGGAUGAGGGGGUGAGCGAGAGUCCGUCUAGCGUGGAUGGUGGCGAGGAUAGUAGGACUACUGGAGAUGACAGGAACAUUGAGAUGGAGGAGCUGGAGAUGGAGGUUGACAAGGAUAUGGAAGGGGGACAUCAGGGUGACGGGACUGUCGUAGUUUACGGAGGCUAAGGUCCUCAGCGUCCUAAGUCCUCAGCUUCUGAUCCGGCCGGCUGUGUUACUCUCUGCGUCGGCGCCCGCUGGUUUUUCCUUUGGUGUUUGGUUUGGCUUUGGCUUUUGAUACCUGGCUUGUCCUUUGGAACAGGCACGUCAUCCCUCGUUGUGGCCUGGACUUUACUUCUCCCACCACAGUGUGUAUUACUAGUUUAUGUAAUGUCAUGGGCGCAUACAUGUG